AUGGUGAACGAAGAUGCUGCAGACGCUACUGACCGUAUUGCUGUUUUGACGAAGCGCUGGGCGGAAAUAGCCAUCGAGGAGGAAGAGGCGAAUUUCGCACCGGUUGAGAAGGAGGUGGAGGAAGGUGCUGAACCACCGGUGCGAACUUGGACCUUGGUGGGCAGAUUUUUAACGGCUAAGCUGGUGAAACUGGAGUAUAUGAGGCAAGUCUUGUCUUCGGUUUGGCAACCGGUGAUGGGGGUAACGGUGACGGAGAUUCAGAAGGGGCUCUUUCUAUUCUUUUUCUUCCAUGAAACGGAUGUUCAAUAUGUUCUGAAUGGAGGGCCAUGGGCGUUUGAGAACAGUACCCUGGUAUGUUGUUUGGUUGGAGAUGGAGUUUUGCCGGUUGAUGUGGCCCUAGAUUCGGUUGACAUGUGGGUGCAACUACAUGAUUUACCCAUGGGCUAUACGACACAACCAAUCCUUGAGCAGAUUGGUAACUUUAUUGGUACCUUUGUUAAGUAUGAUGAGAGGUUUGUGGGGGCGCCUUGGCUAUCGUUUUACCGUAUAAGGGUGUCGAUCCCAGUGAACAAACCGUUGCGAAGCCGUAUGAAACUGUUGAAGCGUGACAAGACCACGUGCUGGGUCAACUUCAGUGGUUUCAGAGGAUUAAGUGGUGGUUUAGCGUUGUUCUGGAGGAAGAAUAAUACGGCAAGACUCCUCAGUUACUCAAAAAACUAUGUUGAUAUUGAGGUAACUAUAGUCGGUUUCCCGAUGUGGCGUAUGACGUGUUAUUAUGGUUUUCCGGAACGAACCAGGCGUACUGAGUCAUGGGACCUUCUGAGGGCAUUAUCAGCUAGAUCCGGCCUUCCAUGGAUCGUAGUGGGGGACUUCAAUGAUUUAUUAUUCCAGUAUGAGAAAAGAGGGGGAAAUCCACAUCCGAAUAGCCUUCUUCGCGGAUUUGGGGAUACUAUUGGGGAUUGUGGUUUGACUCAGAUGCCUAUGGAUGGCUACCCGUACACAUGGGAGAAGGGGAAGGGAACAAUUGAUUGGAUUGAGGAGAGACUUGAUAAGGUCUUGGCAACAGAUGAGUGGCGGAAUAUGGUGACAAUGGCCAGGGUGGUGAACUUGAGAACCCAAAAAUCUGAUCAUUCGGCUAUCUUUCUGGGUAUCCAUGAACCCUUAGGGACGAAUGGGACGAGAAGGAGGGGAUUCCGGUUUGAGACUGCAUGGUUAUAUGAGGAGGGGUGUAGAGGGGUAGUGGAGCAGUCGUGGCAGGAAGGAAGGGGUCAGGGUCUGCAGCACUGUAUUGAAUACUGUGGUAGGCGAUUAACACGAUGGGGUGGGGAUCGGCACCAUAAGUAUGGUAAGCAGAUUAUUGAUCUUAAGAAGAAACAGCAACGCCUAAGGGGAUGCACUGACCCGGCAUCACUUGCUGAGUUUCAAUCCCUGGAACAACUUUUAUGCCGUACUGAAGCCCAGGAGGAUGCCUACUGGAGGCAGAGAGCCAAGCAACACUGGCUCAGGGAGGCCGAUGCCAAUACCAAGUUCUUUCACAGGUACGCCUCUCAUCGUAAAAAGAAGAAUACUAUUGUUAGACUAAUGAAUGAUAAUGGGGAUUGGGUGGAAGGGGAGCCUAUGAAUAAUGUUAUUCUGGAAUAUUUCAAUCGUAUUUUCUGCUCUGAAAGUCCGGGAUCUGGGGAGAGUUUUUUCAAGGGAAUUGUCCCGCGGGUCACUCAGGCACAUAAUGAGUUGUUAUUACGACCAUUUGAAUUCGAUGAGGUUAAAUCGGCCCUGUUUGCGAUGUUUCCUGAUAAGGCACCGGGCCCGGAUGGAAUGAACCCGGGAUUCUAUCAGCAUUUUUUGGGAUGUGGUAGGGGGGAUGUUGCGAGUUUUGUAGUGGGUUGUCUUGAUUCACGCAACCUACCACUUAGCUUAAACAGUACGGAUAUUAUUUUGAUCCCAAAGAAAAAGACCCUUGAGCGAGUAAUUGACUUGCGUCCUAUAGCCCUCAGUAAUGUGAUCUAUAGGAUUAUGGCAAAGAUGAUAACGAAUAGAAUGAAGCCGCUAAUGGAAGGAAUAAUAUUGGAAUCGCAGAGUGCCUUUAUUCCGGAUAGGCUUAUAACUGAUAAUAUUCUGGUAGCAGCGGAAGUGGGUCAUUUUUUGAACAGGAAGCAGUGUGGCAUGGUGGGGUGGAGUGCUUUGAAGCUUGAUAUGGCAAAAGCCUAUGACCGGAUAUAG